AUGAGGUCGCAAAUAUCGAGCAGUUUUUUAAGACACGGGCAUCUGCCCAUACGGGAGGAUGAUUGCUCGUAUGUUUGGCAAGUUUCCGCCGAGGAACGUUGCGAAUGGGUAAAGAACACUGAAGACUGCUACUCAAACUCGGUGAUUCAGUACACGAUACUGUUAUUUUGUCACUUCAAAUCUGAAGAUGUAGCGCUGUUUAUUACCGGCUUGGCCCUCGUGCUUUUAUGGCUCGUCUAUUUAUUUUUAAUCUUGGGAACCACAGCGGAUAAUUUUUUUUGCCCAGCACUGGCGGUAAUAGCCAGUGUAAUGCGUCUAUCGGAUAACAUCGCCGGAGUGACGAUAUUGGCAUUCGGAAACGGCGCGCCUGACAUCUUCACGUCCCUCGUGUCGAGAGGCGACAAACCGAUAAUAAUGUUCACCGAAUUAAUCGGCGCGGGUGUUUUCGUGACCUCGAUGAUCGCCGGCUCCGUCGCGAUAAUUAAGCCCUUUAAAGUUUCGCUCAGAUCUCUCAUGAGAGACGCCUGUUUUUAUAUCGUUUCCGUCUGCUGGAUAAGUUACGUGGUGUGGGACGAGAUGAUUUACCUCUGGGAGGCCGUAAGUUUUAUUCUGAUCUACGCACUGUUCAUCGUGGUGGUCGUGAUAAUGCAAAUGUACGACACUAGAGAGGAGACUUUAAAAACCAGGAUCCCAAGUGUACCCGAUCCAGACGUCCUGCAUACUUACUUGGCGAACAGGGACACAGGCGCCAUUCCCAAGAUUCCCGCUAGAAGCCGACCUUUUGGCUUACGUGCCAAGCUGAAUAUGGCCAUCGCAAUGGAGGUAGAGAGAGCCAAAAUACGAGGCGAUCCUAUUCAAUUGAGUCCAGAAAUUAGCGACUACGAUAUCGAUCGACCAAAAGGUCUCUUUAAAGAAUUUUUGUACGAUAUCAAUCCUAUCAGCAAAGAAGAUUGGAAGAAAUCGAAUAAAUUGCUUAAAAUUGUUUUGGUUGUACGUGCACCCAUCAUGUUUCUACUACAGUUGUUUAUACCGGUUGUAAAUCCUACUGUCGAAAAGAACGGCUGGUCAAAACUAUUGAAUUGCUUACAAUUGUGUGUGACUCCUACGAUUGCAUUAUUUUUAUUAAACGUUUGGCAAACGACUUUCGGCAAUGUGCCAAUGGUGUCGAUAUUCCUGGCUGUCGGCGCCGUAAUUGCUGUAAUUGUAUUUCUAACGACCCACGUGGACCGUGUACCAAAGUUUCAUAAUGUCUUUGCGUUUUUGGGUUUUCUGGCUGCUAUGUUGACGGUUUAUUUGGUGGCCGGAGAGGUCAUGGCGGUACUUCAAUGCAUAGGAUACGCAUGCAGUAUAUCCGAUGCCAUGCUGGGCAUCACUUUUCUUGCUUGGGGGAACAGCAUCGGGGAUCUCAUAUCGAAUACGGCCAUCGCCAGGCGGGGAUUUCCACGCAUGGGAUAUGCAGCCUGCUUCGGCGGACCGAUGUUUAACACUCUACUGGGACUAGGGCUGACUUAUGGCAUCGACACCGCUGUCGAUCCUGAACAACUGACGAGGAUUAGGAUCAGCAAUAUGGCACCCGGCUGCCUAGCUUUUCUCCUGUGCUCUCUAAUGGCCACUAUAAUUUAUCUCAACAUUAAGGGAGCUAUAGCGCGUCGUUCUUAUGGCGGUCUCUUAUAUUCGAUCUACUUUGCUUUUAUUCUCAUACAAUUUUUAAGCGAAUUACACUUUAUACAUCCGCUCGGCACCGAUUUCAGACCCGACGUGUACGAUCUGUAA